AUGGGAGAAGGUAAACAAGCCCUUCUUUCAUGUUCGUCGCCUUUAACACCUGGAACUAAUAUAGAGGGUCAGCUAGCGCAGCACUUGUCGACUCCAUUGACUCCAGAAAGUGUUAAGAAGUACAAAGAAGUCAAGGCACAACGAGGGCAAGAUGCUCAAGAAUUUCUGCGUCAAGAGGCUUUUGCGCCUCUAGUCGAAAAAGUCCACGUCGAGGACAGCGAAGUCGACUACCCAGAAACCCCCAAUCAUAGAUUUCCUGUGCGAAUCUACCGCCCUCCUAUGACCACUGCCGAAAAAUUCCCUGUAAUGCUGUACUUUCAUGGCGGCUACUGGAGCGCCGGCGACUACUAUUCCGAAGACCUGGGCUGUCGAGCAAUCAUCGCACGAGGAUGCCACAUUAUCAUCUACUCCUUCAGCUACCGCCUCAUCGGUCAAGCGCCAUGGCACGAACUCUUCUCGGACGCAGAACAUGCAAUGAAAUGGCUCUGGUCAAAUGCAAGCACUCUAGGUGCAGACGUCAACAAGGGCUUUCUGGUCGGCGGCGCAGAAGCCGGCGCUCAUCUAGCCGCUAUCUGCACCAUUCGCGCAAGGAACAAAUACCCAAACAUUGCCAUCAGUGGCCAAUGCUUGAUCGUACCUACGCUGAUUGCAUGGCCUGACCCAGAGAUCCCGAAAGAAUGGGAAGACGGUCUCAUGUCUCAUGUCGAGCAAGCUGAUGCCCCUAUAUUGAAUGAGGCAUUGUAUGAGCAGCUGGUCGAUGCACUGAAUGUGCCAGCAGAACAGAAGCGAGUGGGGGAGAACUUUCCCAUGUGGGGCCCACUGCAUGACUUACCUCGCGCUUACCUAGCCAUGGACGAGUGUGAUCCUACAAGAGACCAAGGAUUUUUGUACGAGAAAUUACUACGGAGAGCAGGGGUCAACACGCGCACUGAUUACUACCGUGGCUUGCCGAAUAUGUUUGUACAAUUCCCUGGUCUGCCUACCACGGCUGGUGCAGGAGGUCAUUUCAAGCAGUACUUAGUCAACGAACUAUGA